AGAACCAAUCUUUUUGCCUUUGUUGGGGCUCGAGUUUGGUUGAAUUUUCCCAUGAAUCCUGAGGAGUGGACUUCAGACUGUCAAGCUAGGGGAGAAAUUCCUCCAUUCACAAUGUUUAAUGUUUUUUUUUUGGUCUGGUAAUAAAUUUCAUAAUUUUACUUCAUAAAUGUUGAAAAGAUUAUUGAAAAAUAAAAGAUGGUGAGCUAGAAUUCUUCAAGAAAAAUGAAUUCCGUAUAGAACUUAGGGAGUAUUAAAAACUUACCAUGGCGAUGAGAUAACGAUCUUUCUGCCAUGGCGCUGGUAGUUACUACCCCUGUCAAUCUCCGCAGAUUGCACCCGCUUCAUUUCAACCUCCGCACAACUCCUCCCCGCCUUCAAACCCUCCGUCCCCAAUUCCGUCAGAGCGGCGGUCGCAGGUUUCGUUGCCGGAUAUUUUGCCAGACGAACCCUAAUCGUAAUCCGGCGGAGUGCUGUCAAACAUCUGAAUCUGCAGAAAAGGAACAAGAAGAGCUUUGUACAGAGCCUGGUUCCUCUAGCAAUGGUGUUGCCAGCAGUGAAGUUCCAGGUUCCUCCAAAGACACUGGUGGGCUUCUUGCAUAUCCUGACAGAAAUUUCAAUAGGAGGGUAGCACUGAUAUCUGGAUUUGGAGCAGUGGCACUUUUUCUGUCACGGCGACUCGAUUUAGGCGUCUCUUUAAAAGAUCUAUCUGCUGCUGCUAUGCCUUUUGAGCAGGCCCUUUCAAAUGGGAAGCCUACUGUGGUUGAGUUCUACGCAGAUUGGUGUGAAGUUUGUAAGGAAUUAGCUCGAGACGUGUACACAGCUGAACAGCAAUACAAGGACAAAGUGAAUUUCGUAAUGCUGAAUGUGGACAACACAAAGUGGGAACAAGAGCUUGAUGAGUUUGGAGUUGAAGGCAUCCCUCAUUUUGCAUUCCUCGACAAGGACGGGAACGAGCAGGGUAAUGUUGUCGGUCACCUUCCAAUGCGGUACUUACUCGAGAAUGUGGAAUCCCUAGCCCGGGGAGAAACGUCCGUACCCCACACGAAUAUGGUGGGGCCAUACUCGAGUGCGGGAUCCCGAGUGGUCCAUCAAGUGGUCAGUCCUAGAAGUCAUCAUUCAUAGUUUAGUUGACAAAGCAUUUGUGUAAGUAGGUUUUUUUUCUUUCAGAAUACAAUUGUUUAGUUAGUAGUAGUAACUUUUUGAGUAUAUACUGUUCCCAUCGCAAAAGACUUUACUCAACUUGAAUUUCACAGGGUUUAAGAAAAAUAUUAAAAAAUGAAAGAUAUAUUGUUGG